UUUCCCACAUCACCCCCUUCUCUCCAUCUCUUUCCAAAUUUUGAAUCCCAUUGAAUGCUCUCUCUCUCUCUCUCUGAAAAUAUAACAACAAUACACCGCACCACGCAACGCAUCCGGAACCUUUCUACUUGAAUUUGGAGAAAGAACAACCCAACCCAACCAGCUUUGACUUUUCAUGCUCUUAAGGGGUUUAAUAUAUACUUAAAUAUUGCAGGGGGGUUUACUAACUCUACUGUCAUGUGGUGCAACGUUGGCUGCUGGUUUGUCGUCUCUUUCUACUUACUCUCACACUCAGUGUCUCGCCUUUUUGCGUAUUGCUGAAAUGAUCCAUAUCUGCAAAUCCAAAAAACAUUACGUCGAGUUAAGAGUCUUGGCGAACUUCGGCGCCAUGCGUUGCGAACAGAGUUAAAUUAAAUAAACUAACGGCAUAAAAAGUGUGUAGCACUUGCUGAGUCUUUUUAUCAACUUCCGAGGUGAUGGCAGGGACGUGCUUUCUCCUGUAAAUUUAUGGACACAGGGAACCAGAAGAGGAGAACUAGAAGUUGGCGCAGCUGGUUUAAGCAAAAGCACAAGAGCAGGGAAGGCUCUUCUCAUUUUACAGAUUUUUCAGAUGAAGGCUAUGGCAGUUCAGAUGAUGGUUUGGUUACGUCGAUAGGAAUGGAAUCAUGCAUUUCAACUAAUGAGUUAAGAGUCUUUGUGGGUUCUUGGAAUGUUGCUGGAAGAUCUCCUGUGGGGAGCUUGGCUGUGGAUUUGGACGACUGGUUAAAUCUCAAGGAUGCUGCCGAUAUUUAUGUUCUUGGAUUUCAGGAAAUUGUCCCUUUAAAGAUCCGGACAAUAAUUGGAGUAGAAGACUCAACUCCGGUGACAGAAUGGAAUACGCUUAUUGGAAAAACUCUUAACAACAAAUAUGGUUGCCCGUGGUUAACACCCAGAUUGAAUACAAUUCCAAGUCAGAGUUACUACUAUGCGAAGGGAAUUCCCGACCCUCAAAGAAGGUUCAGUGUUAGCAGUGAGACUCCCUUCAGGGAGUGGCGAAAGGUCGAACAUGGCAAACGAAAUGAUGGUUGGAGCAAGUACAAGCUAAUGGCAAGCAAGAAGAUGGUUGGAGUCUUCAUUAGUGUUUGGAUGAAGAAGGAGCUAACCAAGAAAUACCGGAUUUCAAAUGUAAAGGUUUGUUCAGUGGCUUGUGGUAUUAUGGGAUACCUAGGAAACAAAGGAUCAGUUUCAGUAAGCAUGUCAAUUGAAGGAACUAGUUUUUGCUUCAUUGCCGCCCACUUGGCUUCUGGUGAGAAGAAAGGAGAUGAAAGGCGAAGAAAUUACCAAGUCUUGGAGACUUUUCGGCGAACGACUUUCUCCCGACAACGGUCUCGUCCUCUCACCAUGUUAGGACACGAUCGGAUAUUCUGGUUUGGCGAUCUCAAUUACAGGUUAUACUUGGAAGACAGUUUAGCUAGACAGCUGGUAAAAAAGCAAGACUGGAGAGCAUUGCAAGAGUUUGACCAGCUUCGAAGGGAGCUAGAAGAUGGUGGAGUAUUCCAAGGUUGGAAAGAGGGAAACAUAGAAUUUGCCCCUACCUACAAGUACUCUUCAUCCAAUUUCAAUCGGUAUUCAGGUGGCCUUCCAAGCAGAUCAGGAGAAAAACAAAGGACUCCAGCAUGGUGUGAUAGAAUUCUAUGGUAUGGAAAAGGAGUAGAGCAACUUUCUUAUUUUCGCAGUGAGAGUAGGUUCUCCGAUCAUCGGCCCGUUUCUGCUCUCUUCUCUACCCAGAUUGAAAUCAUGGACCCCAAUCGGCAGACUGCUGCACUCCACACAAUCCAUCCCACAAUAACUCCUCCCAACCAAACUGAACUUCUUAAUGGGAUAGUCUGGUUAAUAGCAUGAUGAUGAUGAUGAUGAUGCUGAUGAUUAUGAUGGUGAUUGUGGUGGCAGCAGCAGCAUCCAAGCUAGAGAGGGGAAGAGGUCAAAUCCAUAUUGUCAUUGAAUGUAGAGGAUAUUGAAGCACCACCAAGGCUUCUGCAAAAACUUUAAAUCAAAUAGAUGAUAGGAGAUGAAUAGUGUAUGUUUCCACAGGAAGCUUCAUGAAGACAUGCUUCUGUCUCCUUGGUUUUUCCUUAUUUCUUUGUUAUAUUAUUUUUAUUUUUAUUUCUUAAAAUUUCUUCUUGGGCUUGGGCAUGUAAGUUAGAUGCCUUACCUGAAAUUAUCAUUCAUAAUUGAACAGAUGUAAUUGAAUGUAUGUAAUUGUAAGACACUAAGAUAUAUGUCACCUGAAA